AUGGCUACUUUUUCAGCUUCUUCUACGGCUGCUACUCUGCCUGAGCUAAUCUUUCUCUCCCCUCAAAACCCAACAAAAAGACGCAAGCUUUCUCUCUCUAGAGUCCAUUAUCCUGAGCCCAGACGCAGGACCAGGAUUCUUGCAAGAAUCAGAGCUGUCCGGAGAGAAGAAAGUGCUGUUCUUGAUGAGAACGACAGAGAGUUGGAGAUUAAGCUAAAUUCCGGCGUGAAUGGUAAUGGGAAUUCCGGUUACAGUAAUGGCUUUGCUGGGAAUCUCACUAAUGGGAGUGUGGAAGUUGGGAGUGGUGAUAGCAAUUUGGUGAAGCGUGUGAAUGGGGUUGAGAAUGGAAGCGUGGCUGCUGCGAGGAGUGUAGUGGAAGUAGUGAAAUUGGAUGAAGUUGUUAGUGAGAAGAAGACUGUAGAAGAAAUUGGACAAGAGGACGCUUGGUUUAAGAGAAAAGGCCAAGAUCAAGUUGAGGUAUCUGUUGCCCCUGGUGGCAGAUGGAACAGGUUCAAAACAUACUCAACUAUUCAAAGGACAGUAGAAAUUUGGGGAUUUGUUUUCAGCUUCAUAUUCAAGGCUUGGUUGAACAAUCAGAAGUUCUCAUAUAGAGGUGGAAUGACGGAGGAGAAAAAGACUAAGAGGAGAAAGGUACUGGCCAAGUGGUUGAAGGAAAGUAUAUUGAGGUUGGGCCCUACCUUCAUUAAAAUUGGCCAGCAGUUCUCGACACGAGUAGACAUUCUUGCUCAAGAAUAUGUUGAUCAAUUGUCUGAGCUUCAGGAUCAAGUUCCUCCUUUUCCAUCAGAAACAGCUGUGUCGAUAGUCGAGGAAGAACUUGGAGAUUCUGUAGAUGGCAUAUUUGAUAGAUUUGACCAAGAGCCGAUUGCUGCUGCAAGUCUUGGUCAGGUCCAUCGUGCAAAAUUUAGGGGACAGGAAGUUGUUGUAAAAGUACAAAGACCUGGACUGAAGGACCUGUUUGACAUUGACCUUAAAAAUUUGAGGGUGAUAGCUGAAUAUCUUCAGAAGAUUGAUCCAAAAUCUGAUGGUGCAAAAAGGGAUUGGGUGGCUAUCUAUGACGAAUGUGCAAGUGUCUUGUAUCAGGAAAUUGACUACACCAAAGAAGCUGCAAAUGCCGAGCAAUUUGCAAAUAAUUUCAAAGACAUGGAUUAUGUGAAAGUCCCAUCCAUAUAUUGGGAAUACACAACCCCACAGGUUUUGGUGAUGGAAUAUGUUCCUGGAAUCAAAAUUAACCGUAUACAAGCUCUAGAUCAGUUAGGCGUUGAUCGGAAGAGGUUGGGACGGUAUGCUGUAGAAUCUUACCUGGAGCAAAUUCUGUCUCAUGGCUUUUUCCAUGCUGACCCACAUCCUGGAAAUAUUGCUGUAGAUGAUGUUAAUGGUGGAAGAUUAAUCUUCUAUGAUUUUGGAAUGAUGGGAAGUAUUAGUCCAAACAUCAGAGAAGGUCUGCUGGAAGUAUUUUAUGGGGUUUAUGAGAAAGACGCUGAAAAGGUUCUUCAAGCUAUGGUCCAAAUGGGUGUUUUGGUGCCUACUGGAGACAUGACUGCUGUCAGACGAACAGCUCAGUUCUUUCUCAACAGCUUUGAAGAGCGUCUUGCACAACAAAGAAAUGAAAGGGAAAUGGCAACAGCAGAACUUGGAUUCAAGAAGCCAUUGAGCAAGGAGGAGAAGAUUGCGAAAAAGAAACAACGUCUAGCUGCAAUUGGUGAAGACUUGCUGGCAAUUGCUGCAGAUCAACCAUUCCGUUUUCCAGCUACUUUCACAUUUGUUGUUAGAGCUUUCUCAGUGUUGGAUGGUAUUGGGAAGGGACUUGAUCCUCGAUUUGAUAUCACUGAAAUUGCUAAACCCUAUGCUCUAGAAUUGUUAAAGUUCCGUGAAGCUGGUGUUGAAGACUUGAAGAACAGAUGGGAUAGACAAUCUCGUGCAUUUUACAAUCUGUUUAGGCAGGCCGAUAGAGUUGAGAAACUUGCCGAGAUUAUCCAACGACUGGAGCAAGGCGAUUUGAAGCUUCGUGUACGAGCUUUGGAAUCUGAGAGGGCCUUCCAACGUGUGGCAGCUGUUCAAAGCACGAUUGGAAGUGUAAGUUUGUAA